CAUCUGCGCAUGCGCACUGGCCUUGUCCAGUUCACAUGGGGCCAAGAUGGCGGCUUUGUCGUGUUGUUGUUUGGGAAGAUGAACAGGAGAUAGGUUUCGUCGAGUCUGGUUGGCUUUCGAACAGUAUGGAAGUAUCUGUGAUUUUGAAGCUUGAUAACUGAAGAAAAUGUCUGUCCUCUGACGCCUUACGCUUCUCUGGAUUGGCGAUACGGUGAUACAGAAAUCGGAAGACCCCCCCCCCCAUCAGAUAUCUAAGUCAUACAACCUCCUGCCCUUGGUUCUCGGUAGGAAACGGAGUCCAGCCCCAGGCUGGUGCCACCUGCCCGCUGUAGCCGUGGCCGGAGCGGAGUCCAUCCUGGCUAGUAGCCAUCUGGCCAUCAUGGGUGAGCGACCCAGGAGAAACAUUGUGCAGAAAAGUUUGGACUACAAUGGAGGAAUAUUGUGGCGUGAAGAGAGGGACUUGAAGAGGGCCCUGUAUGCUUCCCUGCGGGAGACAAAGUUGGACUUAGCAGGCACUAGUGAUGUCAGGGAUGGAGAUCUGGCAUACCAGACCAGCUGUUUUGGACAAAACAACGACAUCUUACCCAGCACAGCAGGGACAUCAUGUGCUGCCAGUCCAGGGGAGAACUCAGUGGAGUCAGCCUCGGAUAGAGAGGAUGAUGAAUCUUCACCAAGAAAAAAAAUGAAAGUGUCAGCUCAGCGCAAGUUUGCCCAGUCCUGUCCAAGCAGCCCUGACACCACUCCUGUUAAGAAAGCCAAGACGACAUCUUUACUGUCCAAUGUCAAAGUCAAGACGGAAGACUUCAUCACCUUCCUAUGUUUGAGAGCCACACCAGCGCUGCCUCAGGAGAUGGAUGUGAUCAGGCAGGGCUGUCUGGGCUCCCUGGCCGCCCUGGAGAAGCCCACUGCUGACACCAUGUGUGUGGAACCUGAGAGUCCCAGCACUUCAAGCAGUGGAACAACACAGAGUGAUGUAGGUGGCACAUCCUUGGCAGAUGGCAUCUGGCCGUCUGGCCCACAUAGUGACACUUCUGAAGCCAGCGAGGGGUCCACAGACAGCCUGUCUACAGAUGGAGGGCUGCAGACUUGUACCAACGCUGUCAGAGGGAGACAGACAAACAGCAGCAAGACGAUGUCCGCGUCAUGUGUGAGGAUGUCAGCUCACUCGCUCCCCCCCGGGCGGGUGUGCCCCACCCAGCCCACCAACACACACACCACACCCGCCGCCACCACUGCAACAUCCAACAAAACAAGUCCAUCCCCAGGAAGAAAGCGUGCGCCAGAUGGAAGGUUCACAGCACAGCCUAAAAUCUCAUGCUCCAAGGACAAAGUCAACAAUACCACCAUGGUCCACAAAAAGAGCAGUGCCAGAAAGUCCAAUGAUAAGACAUCCCACGAGGCAAAGUGUACAAGAAAUGCAAAGAAGACAUCUUCAUCACUCAACCAUGAAGUAGAAGUGACAUCCCCUGUAGUUAAAAGAAUAACAAGGCAACAAAGUCAACUGGUUGAUGAGGCUGCUGGACCUUUCAGACUUCAAAAGGAACGUCACAAACUGGCAGUUGUCAAGAACAGUGCCACAAGGGAUACCAUGCAGACAAGAGGAUAUAUGAACCAAGUGUCCAACGCUAAUAGCAAAGUUGCCAAGACCACAAAAAUAAGUGACUCAAAAGCUUGUAAUUUAAAGACUGCUUCAAUAUUGCAACUACAAUGUAAAGAUAAAUAUUGUAGCAUGGACUCUUGUGAAAGAGUUGCAUCUCCUGCUUCCAGCUGUCCAGCAGAAAGGCUUUCAGACGAGCAAGCAGGCAGUGUUUCAUCAGGCGGGAGCACAGGCAAUGACAGAAAGCCGAGGAAACUAAGAAGGUGCUCUGUUUCUGAUACUGCUAGAAGUCCCACCUCACAAGUGACAAAGAGAGAGGAUGUUGUCACCAGCUCCACCUCUACUGUUGCUCCAAAGAUAAUUGAUGCCCCGGUUUUUUACCCUACAACUCAGGAAUUCCAAGAUCCCAUAUCAUACAUAGAAUCUAUUAGGGAACGGGCGCAGCCUUUCGGAAUCUGCAAAGUGGUACCUCCAAAGACAUGGCAGCCUGAGUGCAAGUUGAAUGAUGACAUGAGAUUCACUACUGAUAUCCAGUAUGUACACAGAUUUUUCAACAGAUGGGGGCCCAAUGUGGCAAAGCUGGCCUGCAUCAGGAAACACUUGCAAAGCCAGGAGAUUUUCCUGGAGUCAUCACCACUGGUUGGAGGCUGUGAGCUGGACCUUGCCCAGUUCUCUACAGUCAUGGCCCAGCUGGGUGGACUACAGCAGGUCAUCGACAAAAACAAGUGGAACAAAGUUGCUGACACUCUCAGGAUCCCAAAAGCUGAUGAGAAGGAGAGGUUACAACAGGAGGUCACAGCUGAAUGUGAAGACAUGCACCAGCGUUGGAAGAUUUGA